AGAUAUCCCCAUUAACUAUAGUUCUGUAACAGGGUAUUACUUUUGAGUGAGAUGAUGAUGAUAAUAAUGAUAAUAAUAAUAAAAUUACCCUUUACGCUCGUACUGCGGUAUUUUGGCAUAGUGACAUUUCUCACUCGGAAGGUAAAUUUUCGAAAGAAUCGCCAGCUAUCGACCCGAGCGGACACAUUUCCCCCAAGCCACAGGCGAAGCGAGGAAGAACAGGACCCCCCCAGCAUAAUAACCCACCCCCGUUCGUUCUAUCCCCCCGACGGAAAUGGCCCGAAAGGAGAGGCCGAAGGGGAGGAGCUGAACAGAGAGAGAGAGAAAGAGGAAAAAAAGAGAGUAAAAAAAAAAAAAAAAAAUUAAAUACCUCCCCCUUCUUUCCCUUCCCCCCUAAAUCGGGCUGAGAAAUGCGCGUGUUGGUCUCGGGGCUCGGGAGGCACAGUCCGUCACUCGCCGAGGGAGGGAAAUGCUGCAGGCUGGAGGCUUCUCGUGCUGAUACGAAGCUCGCCACUGCUCUCGUGGCUGGUGGUGUUGUAGAGUUGUCGGAGCAGCCAUGACUCCCUUCGAUGACUUCGUUUACCUUGUCAAUUCCAUCUUGCUUGGCGAGGAACCAACAAUCGAGGACUUCAUCUUGUUAAUUGGGACCUUUGUUGCAUUCAUUGCAUUCAUUCUGUGGUGCUGCUUCCCCAUUGUGCCAAAGGAGUCAAACCCUCCAGCACAGUAUGAUACUCAGUAUACCAAGUACAAGAAGUCGGAUUCUCCUUAUGAUGAGAAGAUGUGAAAAGGAACUGCUGCCGUGGGACACCGGUGAAAGGUGAAGUUUUCUAGAGAUUCCCAGCUCUGUGCAUGGAACCUACUUGCAUCCAUGCAUUGCAGAUGAAGAAGGGAAAAAGCCAGUGGGAAAUGGCACCUUACAAGAUGGAUCUGGGUGUGUUUCAAGCCCGAAUAUGGUUUAUUAGGGAUGAUGCUAAGUCCCAGAUGGACCACAGAGUCCUCACAUACAAGCUUGAUAAUGGCUAGGAAGGUUGAAAUUGGAACUCUGCUUUAUAUAUUAAAGGGUGAGUUAGUUCUCCCUGAUCUCAUUGUUGAUUUUUGUUCCGUAAUUCUUGACUUCUGAUCCAGCCACUUAUCUUAGGGUUUUGUGAUUCUCCGCAGAAGGCUGCAGAUUAUUUAGGCGGCAGAUGUGGAGGAUCACUAAGAAAGAGCAUUGGAUCAGUAUUAUUGGGCUUCAAACUUAAUGAAUGUGUCCUGAGCUUGAAUUUGUAUGUAUGUAUAUGUAAUAUAUAUGUGUGUAUAUAUAUAUAU